AUGGCCACGUCGACGGAGCAGAUGCCGCUACGGGAAAUCGUCGAGGAGGCGGGUUUUACCCUCAUCCUUGGCGCCAUUGGAGCCUCCGCCUUCUACUUCCUCAAGGGCCUCCGCAACUCCAAAGGCCGCCGCCUCGCCGGCGGCGCCCAGGCGGUCCUCACGAACGCGCCCCACAUCGGCCAUUGGGCGGCCUGGCUUGCCGCCGUGGAAGCCAUUCACUGCGCCAUGAAUCACGCGAACCAGGAGGAGGACCCCAUCAACGCGCUCAUCGCCUGGGGCGGCGCCAACGCCCUCUGCUCCAUGCGCCGGGGGCCACUCGCGGCCGUCCUCUCAGGGCUCAAGGGUGCGGCCUUCGGUGGGGUCCUGGGGAUCGCUAUGUACAGCCUCAAACACUUCAUGGCCGAGGACUGA